GCUGAGGACAAAGCGUCGAGCCUUCUCGUGUCGGUGAUGGAGGAGAAUAGCUGUUUCGCGGUCCUCAUCUCAAAGCCCGCCGCAGCGGAAGCCCCUUCCUCUGCUCCCGUACCGGGGUCUCGCUACCAGACCGAGCCUCCGAGCGACGUGGGUCAGGCCGUCCCGGGGAAGAUCCCCUCCAAACAGGUGGACGAGUCCCUCAUCCAGGUCAUCGAGAAGCUCAGCAAGAUCGUUAAGAAGCGGCCGCAGAGGCACUGCACUCUGGUGGGCCAGAAAAGAGGGCAACACCCGUACUCCUCCGCCGGGGUGCGAUACAGCCUGGGAGGCUCUCCUCACAAGAAGAUGAAGAACAGCCGCAACGAGGAGGCGGGAGCAGACGGCGCCGUGGCCGACGGCGACGACAACGGCGUCGGCUCUGCGGCGAGCGGGGCUGCCGGCGAUCACAAGCGGACGGUGACGUGCUACCAGUGCAGCCUCUGCCCCUACCUCUCCCAGACGCUGGGCCAGCUCAGGCAGCACCUGAAGCAGCACAACGAGCAGCACAGCGACCUCAUCCUCAUGUGCUCCGAGUGUCACUUCACCUCCAGGGACCAGGAGCAGCUGGAGGCGCACGUCAGGCUGCACUACGACACCAGGAGUACCCCCACGCCCCCCGCCACGGGGCAGGAGAAGAGUGCGAGGAUGGCCGACGAUGGGGAGCAGCCCUGCGCAGGAGCCGAGGGCAUCAAGAGCUCGGGGGACGAGUCUGCUGAACUGCCAGAGAAGAAGAAGUGGUACAGCUACGAGGAGUACGGCCUGUACCGCUGCCUGAUCUGCAGCUACGUGUGCAGCCAGCAGCGCAUGCUCAAGACCCACGCCUGGAAGCACGCCGGCCUCGUCGACUGCUCCUAUCCCAUCUUCGAGGAAGAAGAGGGCGGUUCGGCGAGGCAGGAGACGGAAGCCGCCGCCAACAGCAUCGCGCCCCGAGACGAUUUAGUCAUUCUGUCCCCGGGUCUGCACGACAAAAUCCUGCAGAAGCUCCCAGCUGCCUUCAAACUGCAGCUCUGCAUGCCCGCCGCCGCCGGCCAGCGCGAUGCCUUCGGUCCGCCUGACCGCGGCUCCAGCGACGGCUCAACAACCGCGGCGGAUGAACAGGAGGAGGACGGCGACGUCCCCGGAGAGGUGAGCUCCGAGGAGCCUGCGGUGGAGGUGCAGGUAACCACGGAGGCAGACGACGACGUGGAGGUGGACGGCGCCCGAGACGGCGCCUCUGUCGCCGACAGCCUGCUGUCGUCAGCCCAGAAGAUCAUCAACAGCAGUCUGAACAGCGCCGGUCACAUCAACGUGAUCGUGGAGCGCCUCCCUUCUGCCGAAGACGCGGUCACAGCGACCACGCCGCUGCUCCUCGGCCCGGACAUGGGCGGGGACAAGAGCUCGCGUGGCGUGAAGGAGGGGGAGCAGAACCCAGUGGGAGGGGAUGCUGGCUGUGCGGGUGAUUCCACCAGCAGCCAGCCGUUAGAUGACGACUGCAAGCCCCCACUCAAAAAAGGGGACGCCCCCCCGAGGGACGAAAAUGUCCCCCCAACCAGCCGCAAGCGAACGCACUCCGAGUCUCUUCGCCUCCACUCUCUGGCUGCAGAGGCCCUCGUUGCUAUGCCGAUGAGGACGCCAGAGCUGGCCGCCUCCGGCCCCAAGGCGAGUCUGAAGGCUGUUUCACCGCAGAUGGCGAGCCCCCACAUGGGCCAGAGGCUCCUGGACGCGACGGAGAGCGGAGCGAGGCCGACAGCAGCCCUGUUGGACUGGGAGCUCCGUGGCCAGGCCCAGGAGGACCAGUUGGUGGAGGGCGACGAGGAAAGUCCCGCCGCUAAAGCCGGGAUAAGCCUUUCGCUGCUUACCGUCAUCGAGAGACUCAGAGAGCGCUCAGACCAGAACACCUCCGACGAGGACAUCCUGAAAGAGCUUCAGGAUAACGCGCAGUUCCACAACGGGACUCUCGCCGGGGCGGUCUCUGGGGACGGAGCAGAGAGCUACGUGUGUAACAUUCCAGGCAUGGACGGCUUGGUGGGCUCGCCCGACGGGGGGCUGGUGGACUACGCCCCGGGCAGCGAGAGGCCGUACCGCUGCCGCCUGUGCCACUACAGCAGCGGCAACAAGGGCUACAUUAAGCAGCACCUGCGCGUCCACAGGCAGAGGGCGCCGUACCAGUGUCCCAUCUGUGAGCACAGGGCUGCAGACAGUAAGGAGCUGGAGAACCACAUGAUCCACCACUGCAGGACCAGGACGUACCAGUGCAGUCACUGUCCAGAUGCCUUCCACUACAAGAGUCAGUUAAGAAGUCAUGAAACGCAGCGGCACAGCUACAGCAGCGACAUGGCGUCGCCCACCAAGGGGGCCGACACCAUCACCCCGGUGGAAGAGUCUGAACGGGGAACGGAUGAAGAAGGCAGCAUGCCAAACGUGUACAGAUGUGACGUGUGCAGCUACAGCAGCUCUACGUACAUUGGAGUGAGAAACCACCGGCGCAUCCAUAACUCCGACAAACCAUAUCGCUGCUGCAGCUGUGAUUUUGCCACCACCAACAUGAACAGCUUGAAGAGCCACAUGAGGAGGCAUCCUCAGGAGCACCAGGCCGUGCAGCUGCUGGAGCAGUACAGGUGCUCCCUGUGCGGUUAUGUGUGCAGUCAUCCCCCCUCGCUGAAAUCCCACAUGUGGAAGCACGCCGGGGACCAGAACUACAACUAUGAGCAGGUCAACAAAGCCAUCAACGAGGCGAUCUCCCAGAGCGGCCGAGCGUCUCAGAGGUUGCCUACGUCUCCAGAGCCGGGGACAGAGUGUCCAGUGGUGGCCCCACACUCGAAGGAGAAAGCUAAAACCCAGGCGGAUCCUCUCCCAGCGCCCGCAUCGGCGACAAAAGCCCUUCUGCCUCCCGACAGCCCGGCCGGUCUCCCCAGCCCUCCCGCAGACCCCUCACAGUGUCCCGCUGAGGGGAAGGACCCCGCCCGUCCCCAUCCACACACGGGCCAGCUCCCCGCCCCGGGUCCUGCCAUGGAGUACUGCAUGCUGCUGUUCUGCUGCUGCAUCUGUGGCUUUGAGUCCACCAGCAAGGAGCGACUGAUGGAGCACAUGAAGGAGCACGAGGGCGACAUCAUCAGCAUCAUCCUCAACAAGGAGCAGCCUCAGCAGGAAGCAGAGGUUCAGUGAGAGUGAGAGUGAGACCAGGCCCUCUUUGUCGUGUUCACACCCUGCGUGUGCUUUUAAGGCAUUUCUGGAGGCUCCUCAGCUGCAAGGAGGUGAUGGGGGUCAGAGGUCACUUUUCUAAGACAGUCUGGGGCUCCCAUGGCUGCUGUGCCACACAGACACCUUAUGAAGGCUCCAGGAUAAGUACCAAACGAGCCUGACUGAGAGGAACCAUGUUAAUCCCUUAAUAUUUAUGUCCAAUCAUUUCACUUUAGGAGGCUUUGGCCCAAGUUUGAACAGUAAUAAGCUCGUCCCUCAGUGAAUCCCACUGCCUCCCGCAGAGGCUGAAAAGGUUCAUCCGUUCUCUGAUUUGAUCAUUUUAUAUGACGGCAGCUCUUUUCUUGCUAACGUAGUAUUUAGUGUGUUUAGUUGGACCCAGCAAGGUCCCUGUCUGCUAAACAGUGUCCAGUACACCUUCAUCAGUGCCUAAAGGCUCGCAUCGCUGCUCAAGUAUAAGGAAUAUUUAUCUGUUUAUUUCUAUUUCCGUUAGUUUCUAGUUUGAAGAGAAACAUCUUUUUUUUCUUACAUUUUUCUGAAGUAACAUAGUUUUACUUGUUGCAUGGUGUAUAAAGUAGCUUCUUUAUAGGAAGGAGUGCAGGAAGUGGAGAAAUGGCCUUUUUUUCCCUAGUUCUCUGUAUUGACUGAGGUUAUGGUUUAAAUGGCCGUUGACAAAAGGAAUGACACAAAGGGAAGUUGGUGUCAGAGCUGUUAUUUUAAUCUGAUGGUGCCAAGCUGGGAAGGUAGGAAGACGUCUCCUUAAAGGAAGACGCACACGGUUAGCUCUCAUGUUUGUGGUGCUACGUUCAUGUUAAAAGCUAAAGUUUGAAUGUAUUUUUAUAUCUCCUGCUGUUUAUGUUGUGUGUGUUGUAAAAGUUUUAUUAUCUUCCUAACAAGUACAAACCCUCUUCUGAGCAGAGCGUUUGGAAAUGACUGCUUGUCCAGCUGAACACUUAAUGGGACGUUAAGGUGCCACGUUUCUCUGUGGGACUGAGUGGAAGCAGCUGGGUUAACCACCUUAUUCCUGUAUCCCAUGAUGCUUUGCAUGAACCGUGUGUGCAAAUUUACCCAUCUAAGGUCUUGCGGAGGAAAUACUGAUCUUGGACUUUAAAUGGCAGAACAUAAUCAUAGCUGCACCGUCACCUGGCCUCUGAUUCUGUCUACCAGCAUAAUUAGCUGCUUUCUGAACCGCACUGCGGGGUUUUCCCCAGAAAAUGGGCUAAUCCUGGCGGCAGGUGUCGCUGUGGGCUCUGGGAAGAGCGAGCGCUACCCUGGGGGAUGGGGUGGUUGGUGUGUCAUGCGGCUCGAAGAAGGGUCGCAACGUAGUGUGCUUCGAGCUAAUGACAGCUAGCAUGCUAGCUAUUUGAACCGGGAGCUUUACUCGCCGUUUUAUAUAACUGUCAAACAUUGACACAUUUACAAUAAACAGACGACGGUUAGCCUUGGGGGGGGUCCGCCAGGUUUAUAAUACACUGGGGGAAACCCUGCACUGAUACAGAAAUGGUAUUGAGGUAUAAAAAUCUAAUUUAAUGUGAAUUUAACUUGGCAUUGGCAGGGAUGGAAAGAUCAGGAUGUCAUGCUAAGGAUUAUUUUCAUGACCCUUUUGAAAAGCAGCCGUCGUCUUCUAUGCUGGACGGUCACAGCCGAACAACAAUGCGCCAUCAGGCUUUGCUCCUCGCUGAGCUUUAUGUUAACAAAGUCAAAGGAACAAACCUAGAAGGUUUUCAGCUGUUGCUUCAAAUGCACAUGCCAUAUUCAGCGUGACUUCCCCGUGUGUUGAUGACCGGUGGACAGUAGUCCCCUGUUCACAGGACUGAUCCUGUUAGACACACACCUCCGGAGGAUAAAUUUGGUCUCAUCAAAGCAGGGGCGUCCAAACUUUUUGCCACGUGGGUCCAAAUCUUAAAGUCAAAAGUACUGGUAGGCCAAUGAAAAGUCUAUAUUUUUAAAAGCACAAAUUAUCGUUAGCAAAAAACUAAGCGUACAAUGUUCAACCAAAUGCAGUCGUCAGAUGUUUUGUAGGAAAGAGAUGUGUUGAUCAUCGCUUGGUGUAUUACAACAAAGGCAUCCUGUUCGCAAAUUCUGUUGAACUCGAUUGAAAGAAAUGGAAACAAAUGUCUCUUCUCACUCUUUUUAUGAAAACGCUCGCUGUGUUUAGCGAUGAUUAGAAAAUUAAAAGCCGACGUUGGUGUGG